AUGUCCUCAGCCGAAGAGAAUAGGAAUGGAAGUAGUGGUGAGGAGGAGGGUGUGUAUAAGCGCAGGAGGAUUCAGCGAGCGUGCGACGUUUGCAGGAAGAAGAAGAUUCGCUGCGAUGGGUCCAUCCCCGGUAAGAAGUGCUCCAACUGCACGGCCUUCAAGUUGAAGUGCACUUAUGAUGAAACCGGGAGGAAACGACCCCCUGCAAUGGCUUACGUUCAAGGUCUGGAGGAACGCCUCAAAAACAUGGAGCUGCUGCUUCAGCAGCUGUCCGGCUCCAAGUCUUUAUCAAACUCGGACUCGGGCGGUCCUGGCGUUACCGACGGUCAAUCAGUUGCGGGAAGUCCUUCGGACGCGGGUGCUGAUAUUGGUCGAGAUACUAUGCCUUCGACUUCGGACGCGUCUCCUGGGCCCUCGGUGCGAAGUGCACGAUUCAUGCCGCGUGUUGAAGAUCAGUCUCUCGACCCGAGCGACGACGAAGCUGACUUUCAGCUCUCGCAACUCAAGCAUAGCUUCAAGCACAUGCGUCUAAAUGAUCGCUUCUUCGGGAAGAGUUCCGGUGCACGCCUGAUUAAAUCAGCCAUGGAUCUCAAGAUGGAGUACGCGACCGACGAGGAUAAGGCAAAGUGGAGGUUUCCUCGGCGACGUAAAGAGUUCUGGAUCGCCCAACCGUGGCAGGUGGAACCUGCAACACAUGGCACACCGUACCAAUUUCCAGAUUUGGACUUGCUUACAGCUCUUGUGGAUCUAUAUUUCAACCAUCAAAACCUAUUUAUCCCUCUCCUCCAUCGCCCGAUGUUCGAGAGCGCGCUCAUUGAUGGACUGCAUCUCAAGGAUAGAGGUUUCGGUGCCGUUGUACUAAGCGUGUGCGCUUGUGCUUCUCGUCUCUCUGACGACCCGCGUGUCUUGCUAGACGGCUAUGGCGCUGAGUGGCAUUCGGCCGGCUGGAAAUACCAUCUUCAGAUACAGCCGACCUUGCUGACCACGCCUACCGUCUAUGAUCUUCAAGCAUAUGCGUUGCGGAGCCUAUUCUUGCAGGGCAGUUCUUCCCUACAAGUAGCUUGGACCGUCGUGGGGAUCGGUCUUCGCCUCGCUCAGGACCUAGGCGCCCAUAGACGACGAACGUAUACAGGGCGACCUACACUGAUGAAAGAAAUGAUGCGGCGCGCGUUCUGGACGAUGAUUUUGGUUGAUAGACGUCUAAGUGUAUUGAUGGGCCGCUCAUGUGCGAUACAAGAGGAGGAUUUUGAUCUGGAUUUCCCACUCGAUAUGGAUGAUGAGUAUAUGUACGAUCUGGCCAGUCAUGAACCCGAAUUCCGUCAGCGCCCUCGGCAAAUCUCCCGAGUGACGCACUUCAUUUGCCUACUCAAGUUGAAUCAAAUCAUGGGAUACACGCUUCGUACUAUUUACUCAAUCAACAAGUCUAGAGUAUUCCUGGGCUUCACAGGUCCCGAUUGGGAACAGCAUAUCGUAUCCGAACUCGACUCCGCCCUCAACAAGUGGCAAGAUUCGGUACCUGAUCAGCUCAGAUGGGAUCCUUCUAGGACAAACCCGGUGUUCAUGUUGCAGUCCGCCAAUCUAUAUGCCAUGUAUUACUCGUUGCAAAUACUGGUUCAUCGACCAUUCAUGAUGACACGCGACAACACGAAUCCGCUAGCUUUCCCCAGUCUCUCCAUCUGCGCUAAUGCUGCUCGGUCGACGGCCCGGAUCCUUGCCAUCGUCAAGGAACGAUUCCCGCGCAAGACUAUCCCAUAUUUCUUACAUCACGCGGCUUGCUCUUCGGGUGUUAUGCUCAUACUGAAUAUUUGGACGGCGAAAUCCUUCGGUGUGGCCAUUGACCCCGCGAGGGAAAUGGAGCUCGUGAACGUGUGCAUGGACGUGAUCAAAGAAGCAGAAGAACGUUGGCACGCGGCAGGCAGACUCUGGGAUGUCAUGAACGAUCUGGCCCACAACAUAUCAACCCCUCUCACUGACUUCUGUCUCCCAGCAUCCGCGAAACGCGGGCGUUCGCCAGAUGCUACCGACGAGGAUGGCAGCUCUUCGGGCCCCAAAGCGCCCACUUCACUACUACCUCACAAUAUGCAGUUCGCCGGCCUCCCAGGCGACAUCUCUCUCGGCGGAUUCGGGGAUGACUUCGCAGCGGAUCCUAGCCAGCAUGGCUACGGGCCAUAUUUGGACGUAGACGCAUUGAUGGCGAGUCUUUCUGGCGGACAUCCCGCAAAUGCACAGAAUGGUGAGGCUCUGAACGGCGACGCUACACAGCCAGGACCUUCAACCGGUAGCAUGUUCGACAUGUUCCAGCAUGAUGAUGGCGGACUGCAUAAUUCGGCACAAGAGAGUUCCGUCGACAUGAUGCGGGAAAUGUGGGAUGGAGAUACACUGGGGCGGCCUAAUUGGGGUACACCAGCGUCACUUCCAGGAUUCGGAGUGGUUUGA